AUUUAUGGAGACAAUUUACCAGAAAUAAAAAUAUAUACAUUAUACCUGGAACAAGAAAAUGCCAGUUUUGAGCAAAAUCAGACUACUAAUGAUACUCUAGAGUCUUCAUUAUCUACAGAAUUAUUAGUAACUCCACCACUGCCU